AUGAGUGCCACAGCGCUGCAGACCACAGGUUUUGUAUCAGGUGCCAUCGGUACAGUUGGAGUUCUUGCAGCUACAGUUAUGGAUGUCUGGUGCACUGAAGACCAGCAGGAGCACAAGGCAACUUCCAUCCAGCAUUAUAAGGGCCUGUGGGAGGACUGUGAGGUGUCCCAGUCUGGACUCACUGAGUGCCAACCUCUCUACAGCCAACUGAGCUUCUCAAGAAUCCUUCAGACUAUAAGAGCUCUGAUGAUAGUAGCAAUCUUAGUAGGUGUGAUUGCAGUGUUCAUUGGAUUCUUCUGUCUAAAGUGCCUCAAUAUGAGAUGUAUGGAUCUACUAACCAAGGCAAAACUGAUGCUAAGUACAGGGAUUUUGUUUAUCAUUGCCGGCAUUUUUGAUAUUUCUGGAUCAUCAGUGUAUGCUGAUCAAAUGGUGCCCAGUUUCAUGAUGACCCAGUACAAUCAAAAGCAAGGAGAGAAGGGAGUAAUACAAUGUGGGAAUGGCAUGGGCGUGGGAGGAAUUAAUUCAUUUGCUUCCAGCUACACAUUUGGUCCAGCUCUCUAUGUAGCCUGGGUAGGUGGAGCUUUGUUAAUUUUGGGAGGAAUUUUGAAAUGCAUCGCAUUCAAAACUAUGGAAACUGAGGACCUCACCUGGACAAUCAACACCAAAGAGCUGGUUAAGAAGGCACAACAGCGGCUGUACUUCCUGAGGAGGCUGAGGGAGUUUGGCAUGUCACCUAAGAUCCUCAACAACUUCUAUAGCUGUGUAGUUGAGAGCGUCUUGACCAGCUCCAUCGCUGCAUGGCCAUUUACCAUCGCAGAGUCCACAGAAGAGGUGCAUCCAUCAUUAAAGACCCCACCCACCCCCAACACGGACUGUUCACACUCGUACCGUCAGAACGGAGGUAUAGGAGUGUAA